AUGGCCACUGAAGCGAUUGGCGCUGCCGCGCCCGUCGUCGACGGUGAUACCAUCGCCGUCGCCCACCCUUUCCAGCCAAAACCCGACGACGCUUCCAAGCCUACCGGCUUGAACUCUCCUCCCGACAGCAACAAUGCCAUGAAGCUCGACGGUAGCGACGAUUCCGAGCUUAGCGACCUCGACGAUGCUGUCACGGACGGCUUCAAGUUCGACCCCGAAGACGACAUUGGCGAGAUCGAACCCGACCACUUCUCUGGCACUGUUCCUGUCUUCCGACCAACUAUGCACCAGUUCAAGGACUUUAAGCGAUUUAUGGAAAAGAUCGACCAGUAUGGAAUGAAGUCUGGCAUCGUCAAAGUGAUCCCUCCUCAAGAAUGGAAGGAUUCUCUCCCCGCCCUCGACGAGCUUGUCAAGACAAUCCGAGUGCGGGAUCCCAUCAAGCAGGACAUCAUGGGUUCGAAUGGAACCUACCGACAGGUCAACAUCCUCCACCAACGAUCCUACAACCUCCCCCAAUGGCGCCAGCUCUGCGACCAGAGCGAGCACCAGCCUCCGGCAAGACGCGGCGAGCGUCGUGCCAACGCAGACAAGCCCAAGCCCACCCCACGACCUCGACCAGCCAACGCUGCCUCUGCCGCCGGCGGUUCAAGUAAAAAGGGAAAGCGUGGUAAGACCGGCAAGGGAAAGGGCAAGUCAGUCGUCAGGGAGGAGACGGCAGAAUCAGAAGCUCGUCCCAUGACCCCCGAAUCACCCAAGGUUGAACCCGACACUGUCCUCGAUUCCGUCGAAGGUGACCCCGCGAUUAAGAUUGAGGAGACCGAAGAGACCUUUGAGGAAGCUCCCGCUCCGCGGAGAAUGGGAUUCACCCGUCAGGCCAGCACCAUCAAGACGCAGUCCACGUCGGCGCGCCGAAAAUAUGCCAAGCGUGAAGGUUCCGCCAAGAUCGACGAGGCUGCCUUCAAGGAUUGGGAUUAUCACAUGGACAUCUCGGACUACACACCAGAGCGGUGCGAGGAGCUGGAGAGAGUGUACUGGAAGACUCUCACCUAUGCCCCUCCCCUCUACGGUGCCGAUUUGCAGGGGACUCUUUUCGACGAGUCUACCGAGCUAUGGAACCUCAACAAGCUACCCAACCUGUUGGACGUGCUGGGGACCAAGGUGCCUGGCGUCAACACUGCCUACCUCUACCUGGGAAUGUGGAAGGCUACUUUCGCGUGGCAUUUGGAGGACGUCGACCUCUACAGCAUCAACUACCUCCAUUUUGGUGCCCCCAAGCAGUGGUACAGCAUCUCGCAGGGCGAUGCCAGACGGUUCGAGGCUGCCAUGAAGAACAUCUGGCCCACCGACGCCAAGGCCUGCGACCAAUUCCUCCGCCACAAGGCCUUCUUGAUCUCACCCAACCACCUCCAGCAACACUAUGGCAUCAAAGUCAACAAGGUUGUCUCAUACCCUGGCGAGUUUGUCGUCACCUAUCCCUACGGUUAUCACUCGGGCUACAACCUGGGCUAUAACUGUGCUGAAGCUGUCAAUUUCGCCCUCGACUCUUGGCUGCCGAUGGGCAAGAUUGCCAAGAGGUGUGAAUGUGCACAAGCCCAGGACAGCGUCUGGGUCGAUGUGUAUGAGAUUGAGCGCAAGCUCCGAGGCGAAUCCACUGAGUAUGAGGAGACCGAGGACGAAGAAGACGAGGAAGACGAGGAUGAGGCCGACGAUUCUACUCUUCAUGCCCACGGAAGCACAAUCCGUAUCAAGGCCCCGAGCAAGAAGCGCAAGAGGGAUGUAAAGGACAAGGGCAACAAGAAGGUCAAGAAGAUUCGUCUCCGUCUCAAGGCUCAUGUCGAACCGCCAUGUUGCCUUUGCCCCAACGACUUCCCCGGAGCGGAGCUCCUGCCUACCGAUGACGGCCGAAAGGCCCACAGACUGUGUGCGCUGUAUCUACCCGAGACCUACAUCGAGACGGAGGACGGCAGGGAGGUCAUCACCAACGCCACAAGCAUAUCAAAGGCUCGCCUGGAUCUCAAAUGUCUAUUUUGCCGAUCCAAGAAGGGAGCCUGCUUCCAAUGCUCUCAGAAGAAGUGCGCACGGUCGUACCAUGCCACCUGUGCAGCGUCAGCUGGGGUAUUUGUCGAGGAGGCCGAGGUUCCCGUUUUCGGCGAGGACGGCACAGAAUACAAGGAGCAGGCCUUCGAGUUCAGCUGUCGUUUCCACCGCACCAAGCGAGACAAGAAGCUGGAUGGAGAAGCACUGGAGAAGAACGCCCGCGUCCGCGACGCUGCCGCUCACCUCACCCAGGGCCAGUUCUGUCAGCUACAGUACUACAGGGGCGAUAUCUUCGCGGGCGUCGUUGUGGAGAAUCGCGCCGACGAAGAGACCCUUCUGGUCGAUAUCAUUCCUGGAGGUGAUCGUGUCGAGGUGGAAUGGAAGUGGCUCCUCCUUCCGGACCCGGCCGACUUCAAGCUGCCCAAGGCUUCACCAAAUGCGUUGCCUCUGCCGUCAUCCAGGUCCGCCAAGGACAAGAUCAAUGCGAAGAAGAGGCCUGGCAAGGAGUUGCCCCGGGCCGAGGACGCAUUCGUCGAGGGCUUCACGUGGGCUGAGUUCCAUACCUGUGAAGAAUCAGAAUGCACCAACAGCGAACAAGUCAGGAUCGACUUUGCCAAGACAGACCAGGUCUGGCACUACCUGGGUAGAACUUCGACAGAGACGAAGGCCCAGUACACGGAGGAUCCGGCCAGGCCCCAGUACAACCCCAAGAGCCACUUCUUGGAUUCAAUACCCAAGCCACUCAUCCAGCGUCCCUCUUCGACAGUCAUGGGACCACCUCGCCGAUCGUACAGCACCAUCAACCCUCCAUAUGUCCCCCAUACCGUCAAGGAGGAGAAGCCUUACGUCUAUAAACCGCGCAAAAAUUUCGACUACACCUUCCCCCCGCAGAACCCCCAACAAUCCUUCUCUUCUCAAGCCGUCGGCAGCGCGACUCAGCAAUCCUUCAACCCCGACCCUCGCUUUGUCAAUGCGGCCCAGUACUAUGGGACGACGGGCUUCCCUGCCGCCCAAGGCCAGGCAUCCUCAUCACGUCCUACUACUCCGAGCGGCCCAUUCCUCAACGGCUACUCUGCUGUUCCAGCAGCCCAGUCCUGGUCCAAGCCUGGGCCGGGACAAAGCCAUGGACCGAGCCAUGGCAAGGCUGCCAAGGGUUUUGCUCGUCCUCCCAGACCCAACCAUCCCUCCGCCAUCCUCCCUCCGCCUGCCCCAGUCAAGCUAAGUGCGACUUGCCAGAAAUACGCCUUCUUCCAAGUCAACCACAACAGGGAAUCCUCCAGCUACCGAACUCCUUAUGCUCGGUGGGGAGGUUUCACCAACGGCUACGAAGGGAACCUGCGUGAACACCUCAUGAGCACGGGAGGAGCAGGCCUCCACAAGCGAAGCAGCAGCUUUGGGUUGGGCGGCGGCUUGAAAGGCCUGACACGCCCAUCUCCCUAUCUCAACUACAACAGCCCUCCACCUUCAUCAUCAUCUGCCUCCUCCCCUUACCUCUCCACCAAGAACAACUUCUUCGGCACCGCGUCCUCUGCAUCCUCCUACACCUCGUAUGAUGCAUUUGGCAACAAGCUGUCAUCCAUGUCCCCCACUCUUGGCAGCUAUGCGGGUAGUCCCACGACGCCGCUAGGUGGGUACGAGCUGAGUCAAUCCAACUCACCCAUGCUUCACCCUGCUAUUCGAACUCCGUUUGGCACCUCUUGGCAGCAAAACCUCCACGCCACGCUGGGCCAAUACUCGCCAGUCGAUGCCGACUUCUCCCCGCCCUCGUCCAUCACGAACACGCCGUCCACCACGCCUCUCAACAGCUUCCCACUGCAGCCAGCACCACUACUGGGCGACUUCCUGACCCAGACCACCUACGUCACGCCUGUGGAGGACCCGCCGUCCCCUGAAGCCAGUGCUGAUCAAACCCCGGCGGAGCAAUUGAAGCAGCAGCUUCGCAGGAUCUCUGAUCCUCUGCCGUCAUCGUACAGUCUCCCGCACCCGGAUAAUGAAAGAGAACACGCAGCUCACGCACCGGUGUCUUCGCAGAUACCGCUUCCGAUGCCUUCACCAGCCCAAGCGUCGCCACCAAAGCCGCAGCAGUCUCAACCAGAUCUUCACCAACCAGCUGUUCGACUUCAACCCGAGCUGAAGCUGGGAUACGGCGCCCACCAUGUAGGGGCUGACAUUCAACAUCAACAAGCGCCGCGCCGGCUGCUACCGCCUCGCCUACAAACUCCGAUACACGAACUUGCCGAAGUGCCUCCCAACUCCAUGGGGCUUGUCGACCAGAUACUGUCCAACCUGAAACAAGCCUGCGGCGAGGACAAACGAUCAUGA